AUGGGGGGCUCAGACGCGCAGCUGGGCACCUGGCCGUGGCAGACCUGUCCCACCGCUCUCCAGACAUCCGAGUCUGAAUUUCAUCUUUCCAAUGCCCCUAAUCAACCACCUCCAAAUCAGAUUCGCUCCUCCCCUUUUAAGAGUGUAUCUCAACCUCGAUCGCCCCAGCACCAAAUCUGGGUCCGACUCCGCCCCUCCUGGGUUCCUGCUGACCCCACCUUCUCCCUGGCUCUGAGCCCCCACCCUCCAGAGGGUCAACCUAAUCCCCUCCCGCCUCGCCCUCGGCGCAGGAACGGGACCUUGGAGCCCGCGGCCGAUUGGUCAGUACUGCUGGGCGUGCACUCCCAGGACGGGCCCCUGGACGGCGGGCAGGUCCGCGCAGUGGCCGCCAUCCUGGUGCCGGACAACUACAGCAGCGUGGAACUGGGCUCCGACUUGGCCCUGCUGCGCCUGGCCUCGCCCGCCAGCCUGGGCCCCGCCGUGCGGCCCGUCUGCCUGCCCCGCGCCUCGCACCGCUUCGCUCAUGGCACAGCCUGCUGGGCCACGGGCUGGGGCGACGUGCAGGAGGCGGACCCCCUGCCUCUCCCCUGGGUGCUACAAGAAGUAGAGCUCAGGCUGCUGGGAGAGACUGCCUGUCAGUGUCUCUACAGCCGGCCCGGGCCCUUCAACCUCACUUUCCAGCUAUUGCCAGGGAUGCUGUGUGCUGGCUACCGGGAGGGCCGCAAGGACACCUGCCAGGGAGACUCUGGGGGACCCCUGGUCUGUGAGGAAGGUGGCCGAUGGUUCCAGGCAGGAAUCACCAGCUUUGGCUUUGGCUGUGGGCGGAGGAACCGGCCUGGAGUCUUCACUGCUGUGGCUCCCUAUGAGGCAUGGAUACGGGAACAGGUGAUAGGGUCAGAGCCGGGGCCUGCCUUUCCCCCCCAGUCCUGGGAGCCCCAGUCAGGACCUUUGGAGGCCACUGAUGAGAACUGCACCAUCGCCCUGCCAGAGUGUGGGAAGGCCCCGCGGCCAGGGUCCUGGCCCUGGGAAGCCCAGGUGAUGGUGCCAGGAUCCAAACCCUGCCAUGGGGCGCUGGUGUCUGAAAGCUGGGUCUUGGCACCUGCCAGCUGCUUCCUGGACCUCAUCAACUCAGACCGCCAGCCCCGCGACCUGGACAACUGGCGUGUGCUGCUGCCCUCGCGCCCACGCGCGGAGCAGGUGGCGCACCUCGUGCCGCAUGAGAACGCCUCGUGGGACGACGCCUCGGACCUGGCGCUGCUGCAGCUGCGCGCGCCCGUGAAUCUGAGCGCAGCCCCGCGGCCAGUAUGCUUACCGCACCCAGAACACUAUUUCCUGCCCGGGAGCCGCUGCCGCCUGGGUCGCUGGGGCCGCGGGGAGCCCGCAUCUGGCCCCAGCACGCUGCUUGAGGCGGAGCUGUUGGGCGGCUGGUGGUGUCACUGCCUGUACGGCCGCCAGGGGGCGUCAGUGCCGCUACCGGGAGACCCGCCCCACGCGCUCUGCCCCGCCUACCAGGAGGAGGAGGAGGAGGCGGGCCGCUGCUGGAACGACUCGAGUUGGAGCCUUCUGUGCCGGGAGGAGGGGACCUGGUUCCUGGCUGGAAUCAGAGACUUCUCCAGUGGCUGCCUACGUCCCAGAGCCUUCUUCCCCCUGCAGACCCAUGGCCCGUGGAUCAGCCAUGUGACUCGGGGAGCCUACCUAGAGGACCAGCUGGCCUGGGACUGGGGCCCUGAGGGGGAGGAGACUGAGAUACAGACUUGUCCCCCACACACAGAGCAUGGUGCCUGUGGCCUGCGGCCAGAGCCCGCUCUGAUGGGGGUCCUGUGGCCCUGGCUGGCAGAGGUGCAUGUGGCUGGAGAUCGAGUCUGCACUGGGAUCCUCGUGGCCCCAGGCUGGGUCCUGGCAGCCACUCACUGUGUCCUCAGGCUGGGCUCUACAACAGUGCCUUAUAUUGAAGUGUACCUGGGCCGGGCAGGGGCCAGCCCCCUCCCACAGGGCCACCAGGUAUCCCGUUUGGUCAUCAGCAUCCGCCUGCCCCGGCACCUGGGACUUCGGCCCCCCUUGGCCCUUCUGGAGCUGAGCUCCCGGGUGAAGCCCUCCCCAUCAGCCUUGCCCAUCUGCCUUCACCCAGGAGGUAUCCCCCUGGGGGCCAGCUGCUGGGUGCUGGGCUGGAAGGACCCCCAAGACCGAGUCCCUGUGGCUGCUGCUGUCUCCGUCUUGACACCACGACUCUGUCACUGCCUCUAUCAGGGCAUUCUGCCCCCUGGGACUCUCUGUGUCCUGUAUGCAGAGGGGCAGGAGGACAGGUGUGAGGUGACCUCAGCACCUCCGCUCCUGUGCCAGACUGAGGGGGGCUCCUGGGUCCUUGUGGGCUUGGCUGUUCGCGGGAGCAGGGAGCUGUUUGCUGCCAUUGGCCCUGAAGAAGCCUGGAUCUCUCAGACAGUGGGGGAGGCCCAUUUCCUGCCCCCCAGUGGCUCCUACUGGCCCCCUGAAGGCAGCGAUCUCUGCCCCCCAGACACGGCCAGGGCCUCAGGAUCCCCUCAGGCUGCUCUGUUCCUGCUGCUACUGAUGCCCCUGAUCCAGGGCUGAGGGGGCCUGGGUCCCUGGGCUACCUCUCCUUGUCCCCCGCCACCCUCCUCCAGCCUUCCACUUCCCGCCCAGUGCGGCUGGAAUGUGACCCAACCGGCUCUGUUCCUUUGCCAAAAUCUCCACAACGCCCCACCCACCUAGACUGCAGCGGCUUCAGAUCAUUGGGCCUCAGUGCCUGGCUAUUUCGGGCCCUGGAAUCCUUGGGGGCAGUGGAGCAGACAAUAAAGGUGUAACCACAGA